AUGACAGAAUCACCUUUUCAACGUCCGAAGCUGCAAACCCAAGACACGUUUCAAGCUCCUCAGCUAUCGGGGACUUUAGGUCCCAAUGGCAUUGCUACUGUGCAUCCCGACCAUCCGGCAUCGUCAAAAGGUAACGGCAGUGUCGGAUUCAAGGAUAAGGAUCAUGCCUUGCUCAGAACUACCGACGUAUCCGCCCCUGCGCAUUCCACCGUUGACGAUGAUGAUGAUGAUGAUGAUGAUGAUGGAGAAGAUGAAGAUGAAGACGAUGAUUUCCUGGAAGACUACGACGAUAUCCGACCCAAUCCAGAUACAUUGAUCAGCACGAGGAGGAGCGUUGAAGUUGGCCGCCGACCCACUAGCGCAGAUAUGAGCUUCGAGCAAGGGRAGACUACAAGAAGAGCCUCUGCUGCUGCGGCUGCGAACAUUCAGGUCCGACUAGAGCGGACAGGCAAGCAAGGCCACUACAUCCUCACAGCAGACGAUCCUGAUCUGAAAGAGCUGCUGAGAAAACGAAUCGAGCGAGAAGAUGCAGAUGCAGGAAGCGGGAAGCCUCGUACGAGGUUCAGGGACCUAGUGUUCACCAGACAAUUCACCACUUUCGAUAGGCGACAUGCUGCUGCGCAAGAUAGCCCCUUCUUCGGCUUCUUCACCCUCUUCUGGAUCUCCAUGGUUUUGAUCUUCAUCCAGCUUGUUAUGAGGAAUCUGCGGGACUAUGGAAGCAUUUUUGGACCAAACCAAGUCUUGAAGCUGAUGUGGAGCAAAGACAUUAUCUUGCUCGGAAUCACCGACGGUGUCAUGUAUGCCUCUACGUUCGAGGGAUUGUUCUUCCAGAAAUUGGUCAAGGCAGGCUACAUCGAUUGGUCGAAGACUGUCAUCGGGUUCACCUACCUACGCGAAUGGCCAUGGACUCACACGAUAUUUGUGGCUCUGCACGGUCUCGUCUUCGUCAUGAAACAACACAGCUACGCGUUCUACAAUGGUCACCUUUCUGGCGUCUACAAGCGAAAGGCGUCUCUGGAGCGGAAACUCAAGCAGUUAGAAGCCACACAAGCGGUCGAGGUCCCCUCUAGCCCAAAUGGCGCAUCUCACCACUCGCAGCACUUUAAUUCGACGGGCGCGGAUCUUCGGCCUGACAACAUUGCGAUUCGACGUCCCUCUGCCAGCAUCAGAACAUCCCCCAACGGCUCCGAGAAGAGCGAAGUGGCAGCAGUCGCGUCUGCUCUCGCCUCCAACCAGCCCAUUACUGCCGACCAAAUGACUACCUUUUCUACUGUCAUCAAGCACGAGAUUGAAGAGCUUACCAAAGAAUUGCAUGGGAAGUCCGAGAACGGGAAAAAUGCGUACCCUAGAAACCUCACUCUUGGCAAUAUGGCCGACUGGUCCAUCCUUCCAACUCUUGUUUACGAACUGGAGUAUCCUCGUCAAGAAGAGAUAAGUUGGGCGUAUGUGGCCGAGAAGACAGCGGCGACCUUUGGCGUGCUGGCUGUGAUGCAAGUUGUCAGUCAAGCGUACAUAUAUCCUGCAGUAGCUGCUACUAUUGCCAUGAAGGAAUCUGGCAUGACUCUGCAGCAGCGCUGGCAGGAGUUCCCGUUCAUUGUGAGCGACAUGCUGUUUCCGCUGCUGAUAGAGCAACUCCUUACAUGGUACCUGAUAUGGGAAUGCAUCCUCAACGUCCUCGCCGAACUCACCCGUUUCGCGGACAGAGGCUUCUACGGCGACUGGUGGAACAGCGUCACCUUUGAUCAAUACGCCCGUGACUGGAAUCGACCAGUCCACAACUUCCUCCUCCGACACGUGUACCACUCUAGUAUUUCAACCUUCCAACUGAGCAGAAAGGCCGCGACCUUCGUGACGUUUCUGCUGAGUGCGUUGGUGCAUGAGAUGUGCAUGGCUCUGAUCUUUAACAAAGUCAGAGGAUAUCUGUUCUGGUCGCAGCUUUUGCAACUGCCGCUCGUGGCGUUCAGCAGAUCAAAGUUCAUGAAAGAUAGGACUAUAUUGGGGAAUGUGGUCUUCUGGGUUGGAUUGUUCAUUGGGCCGUCGGUCUUGACCAGUCUUUAUCUGAUUGUGUAA